AUGGCUACAGAGAGUGACUCCAUGCUGGCAGAAGUUUUUCACUGUGGACAGUGCCAGCUGGAUCUGUCGCACAUGGAAUUUCCCCAGCGUGUUGCACACAUGAAGAAAUGGAGGGCCCCUCUGCAGCCGCUGACACCAGCCCCUCGCACUGUACGCGAGUGGCUCAAGGCUCUGGGCAUGGGUGGCUUUGCUGAUGCUUUCGAGAAGGAAGAAGUGGACAUGCGAGCACUUCCGCUGCUGUCCGAUGACGAUCUCAUCUACUUGGGAGCGACAAGCAGCGCUCAGCGCAAGACGCUGCUCGCUGCUGCCAAGGAGCUGACGCAGCAGCCCACGGUGACUGCGCUCCCACAGCCCUCCUCCAAGAGCACAGUCAAGAAGCAGGAUGCACUGCCAGGUGCUGCUCCUGGGCAGCGCAUGCCAAAAGCUGCGCCAGGGGAUGCAGCUGACAGCUCAAAAGGACAGCCCGGUUCAGCCAAGCAACAGGAAGCGGCACAGCCCGAGGACACCAUCGUGCCAGACAGCGAUGAGGACUCUGACUUUGCAGACGACAGGCCCGCGCCCAGGCGUGCACUGGUCAGGAAGAAAGCAAAGACCUCAGAAGGGCCUGCUAGCAACGGGCCUAUAUCUGGAGGGGGCCGAAGCCAGCCCCAGGCACCAGUUGCAGAGCCAGCAAUAGCACAACCAUCAUCGAUAGAGGAGGAGCGAGAUCAGCUGGAGCGUGCACUGGCGCUGUCCCUGUCCGCCCGAGGGGAGACAGGCUCACACAGCAGCCAGCCUUCAUCGCUUUCUAGCAGUGACCGGGUAGGCGCAGCGCAGCCCGCGUCGAGCAUGCAGCCGCCCGGCUACUUCUCGGGCGCCCUGGGCAGGGUGCUGGCUGCCCGGAACAGCCGAGGCCGCGUGUCACAGAACCGCAGCUACAGCCGGCAGACAGAGCAGCGCCUGUUGGAAGCCCUGUAUCCUCCUGGCAGCGACACGAGGGCUGGCAGUCGUGGCUCAUCUGAGGUGUCGCGAGAUGAGCGGGGAGGAGCAGCGAAUCAGGCAGGCUGGUCGUCAGAUGAGGACGAGGAUCAGGAUAAUUGCAAGAGGGGACGCGCAGGAGACGGCACUUCUCUCUCAGUCGGGCUCCUUUCCAAGAGCAGCAUUGGCAGAACCGGGGUCGUCGAAAGGGUGCCCACAGAGAGGUCAAUGUGGGCGCUCGCGGGGCAUUCAGGUGCAGCUGCAGUCUCAGCAGCAUCGCUGCAGGAGCGCUUUGCUGCCAGGAAAGCUGCUGAUCUGGCCCAGCAAGCAGCGCUUGCUGCAUUGAAAUCGGAGUGCCAGACGAGAGAUCCGAGUUGCGAUGCAGCCCAAGUGCGCAGAUUUCUCAGCAGCUCCCAAGAGGGCAUCCCACUGUGCUGCAGGCAGCAUGCCUUUGGAGGAACAGCCCCCCGCAACCCCUCAGGCAGCAUCCUGACUGGCAGCUGUGCUGUGUCAUAG